CCAUUUCUUGUGGACAUCCUGGGGUACCUGCCAAUGCAGUUCUUUCAGGAGAUAAAUUCACGUAUGGCUCCAUAGUUCACUAUUCUUGCACAGCGGGUCGAAGGCUCAUAGGAAAUUCUACCAGGGAGUGCAAAGAAGAUAGCCACUGGAGUGGGACUCUUCCUCACUGCUCAGGAAAUAAUCCUGGCUAUUGCGAUGAUCCAGGAGUACCAGCUCAUGGGUCUAGACUUGGAGAUGAGUUAAAAAUAAAAAGUCUGCUACGUUUCUCCUGCGAAAUGGGUUAUCAGCUGAGAGGAUCUGCAGAACGAACGUGCCUACUGAAUGGUUCCUGGUCAGGUAUACAGCCUGUGUGUGAAGAUUAUAACUCUCAUGCUGGGGGCCAUCCAGCUGGAGGUCCUGGUGGACAACAAGUUGAAUAUAAUCAGCAGUGUGCCCUUGCUGCAAUGAAGGUUAGUGCUGUAUCUUGUGGGAACCCUGGCACCCCAGCCAAUGGUAUGAUCGUAUACACUGAUGGAAUAUUAUUCUCCAGCUCAGUCAUUUAUGCCUGCUGGGAAGGUUACAAAACUUCAGGGCUAACUACUAGACAUUGUACUGCAAAUGGGACAUGGACUGGCACUGCUCCAGACUGCACAGUGAUCAGCUGUGGAGAUCCAGGUGCAUUAGCAAAUGGCAUUCAGUUUGGAAAUGAUUUUACCUUUAAUAAGACAGUCAGCUACCAGUGCAACCCAGGAUACUUGAUGGAGCCUGCCAGUUCAUCUACAAUGCGUUGUAUAAAAGACAGCACUUGGAACCAGAGUAAACCAAUUUGCAAAGCUAUUACCUGUGGCCCCCCUCCACCAGUACUUUAUGGGAAAGUAGAAGGAUCUGAUUAUCGCUGGGGUGCCAGCGUGAGUUACAGCUGUGCAGAAGGCUAUCAGCUAUCUAACACAGCUAUUCUGUCCUGUGAGGGUCGAGGAAUUUGGCGGGGAGACAUCCCACAAUGUUUGCCUGUAUUUUGUGGUGAUCCUGGUACUCCAGCAGAAGGACGUCUCAAUGGAAAAAGUUUCACCUACAGAUCUGAAGUUAGCUUUCAGUGCAGACCUCCUUUUAUUCUGAUAGGCUCUUCAAGAAGAUUCUGUCAAGCAGAUGGUACUUGGAGUGGAAUUCAGCCAACAUGCAUUGAUCCAGCUCACAAUACAUGUACAGACCCUGGUACUCCACAUUUUGGAAUACAAAACAGUUCCAGAGGAUAUGAGGUUGGGAGCACAGUCUUUUUCAGGUGCAGAAAAGGUUAUCAUAUUCAGGGAUCUACCACCCGUUCUUGUCUUGCUAACCUAACAUGGAGUGGCAUACAGUCUGAAUGCAUUCCUCAUGCUUGCAGGCAGCCAGAGACCCCGGCACAUGUAGAUGUGAAAGCAAUAGAUCUUCCUACUUUAGGGUAUACUUUGGUGUAUACCUGUCAGCCAGGAUUUUUUCUUGCUGGUGGAUCAGAACAUCGAACAUGUAAACCAGAUAUGAAAUGGACAGGAAAAUCACCUAUUUGUAAAAUUCCCUCAGAUGUGUUUUUUAUAAAUUCGCUGUGGAAAGGGUUUUAUGAGUAUUUAGGAAAAAGGCAGCCUGCUACUCUGACUGUUGAUUGGUUCAACACUACAAGCAGCAAAGUGAAUGCCACAUUCAUUGAGACAUCCAACAUACAACUGAAACUAUCAGGUGUUUACAAGAAAGAAGAAGCCCACUUGCUCUUGAAAGUUUUUCAGAUUAAAGGACCUAGUGACAUUUUUGUAAGCAAGUUUGAAAACGACAACUGGGCGCUAGAUGGUUAUGUAUCAUCAGGGCUUGAAAGAGGUGUUUUUACCUUUCAAGGUGAUAUACAUGGAAAAGACUUUGGAAAAUUUAUGCUCCAAAGACAAGGUCCUUUAAGUGCAGACACAGACCUUUCAAAUCACUAUUAUGGUACAAACAGCAGUUCUGUUGCAGCUGCCAUCCUGGUACCAUUCUUUGCUCUAAUAUUAUCAGGGUUUGCAUUUUACCUCUACAAACACAGAACAAGACCAAAAGUACAGUACAAUGGGUAUGCUGGACAUGAAAACAGUAAUGGACAGGCUUCGUUUGAAAAUCCCAUGUAUGAUACAAACUUAAAACCCACAGAGGCAAAGGCUGUGAGGUUUGAUACGACUCUGAACACAGUUUGUACAGUG